AUGGAACAACGCAAAAACCAGUAAUCAAUCGUGAAUCAGAAAAUAUAAUAAAAGACUUAUUAGAAAACCCUCAAGAAGAUUUGGAUGUUAUUAAAGAUAAGCUUUGUGAUCCAGUUCCAUGUGAAAAAAUGACGCCAAAAUUAUGGCGAAAAUAUCAAAUGGCAAAAAAAUGUUGGAGAUGCGAAGAAAUUUACAUGAAGCUGGAUAUAAUAAAAUUCGUGUAUUUGAUCCUGAAACUAAAAAAUACUUGGGUGCUUCACAUAGAAAAUGUCAUGGAAAACGAUCAAAUAUUAAAG